GAUUCUUGAGGCUGCCCCUUGAAGACACUCCAUUUCCAUCUCCUGAAGAACUGUGGACAAAAGUGACAUCAUGGAGCGGAGGAAUCACAGUGGGAGAGUGAGUGAGUUUGUGUUGCUGGGCUUCCCAGCUCCUGUGCCCCUGCGGGCACUGUUGUUCUCCCUUUCUCUGCUGGCCUAUGUGUUAGUGCUAUCUGAAAACACCCUCAUCAUUGUGGCAAUUAGGAACCACUCCACCCUUCACAAACCCAUGUAUUUUUUUCUGGCUAAUAUGUCUUUCCUAGAGAUCUGGUAUGUUACUGUCACUAUUCCCAAGAUGCUUUCUGGCUUCAUUGAGUCCAAGCAGAAUCAUGGACAGAUAAUCUCCUUUGAGGGUUGCAUGACCCAGCUUUACUUUUUCCUGGGAUUGGGCUGCACUGAGUGUGUCCUUCUUGCUGUUAUGGCUUAUGAUCGCUAUGUGGCCAUCUGUCAUCCUCUCCAUUAUGCUGUCAUUGUGAGUGGCCGACUGUGUGUACAGCUAGCUGCUGGCUCCUGGGCUGGAGGCUUUGGCAUCUCCAUGGUCAAAGUGUUUCUCAUUUCUCGCCUUUCUUACUGUGGCCCCAACAUCAUCAACCACUUCUUCUGUGAUGUCUCCCCAUUGCUCAACCUUUCAUGCACUGACAUGUCCACAGCCGAACUUACAGACUUUGUUCUGGCCAUUUUUAUCCUGCUGGGACCACUCUCUGUCACUGGAGCUUCCUACAUGGCCAUCACUGGUGCUGUGAUGCGCAUCCCCUCUGCCGCCAGACGCCAUAAAGCCUUUUCCACCUGUGCCUCUCACCUCACUGUUGUGGUCAUCUUCUAUGCAGCCAGUAUCUUCAUCUAUGCCCGGCCUAAAGCACUCUCUGCUUUUGACACCAACAAGCUGGUCUCUGUACUCUAUGCUGUCAUUGUACCUUUGCUCAAUCCCAUCAUCUACUGCUUGCGUAACCAAGAGGUCAAGAGAGCCCUACGUCGAACUCUUCACCUGUACCAGGGACAGGAUGCUAACCUGAGGAAAUCUGGCAGAGAAAUGGUUAGAGGGGAAGUGUGA